UGUACACGCAUAAAACGCAGUACAUGCAUAUUCGCCGUACGCUCUUCUGCUAGGUCUCUGUGCCGAAACCUCGACAUGUGCACUGCCGAGGCCAACAGCUACUUUGCUCCCUGACGGACUCACCUCUCCGCAUCCACCAACCGUCAUCGUCACCGUCGUUCUCGUCGCGCUCUCUCUCAUACGACGCGGGAUAAUGCUGCGAUGCCGAUAUUCCGAAUGAAUUCCCGCCGCGUCUCACCACAUAGAAAUUGAAUACAGUUACCUGCUAAACACACAGACGAGCGAGACAGACGCAUCGAUGACCCGGUAGCGAGUCGCGAAAUCCCCCGAAGUCUCGAACCCUCGGCUCCAUCGCCUUUGCCGCGCGACCGGUCGAACCAGCCUCAACCUCCGCCCCUUUUUCCGCCUCUACAACACACCUACCUCUGCUCUUCUAACUCUUCUCCACCGCCUCGCUCCGGACCCUCAAUUGCUAUAAACGCGCGCGACCCGAACCUCACCAUCCACCAUGUCCUCGUCCUCGUCCUCCGCGGCGCCAUCACCGCCACCCCUCCCCUUCCCCUUCUCCUCGUCGCCCCCCGCCCUGGUCGACGCGCUGCAGCGCUUCCGGGCCGCCGCUGAGCGCGUCGUGCUCGACCCGGCGAAUCACGACCUGCUCGCCGUCGUCAAGGCGGCGCGCAACGGGGCCGUGUACGGCGCCAAGGUGCGCUUCCCGCACGCGCUCGUCAUGAUGGUGCUCUUCCGCCCCGGCACUCUGCGCGAGAAGCUCGGCCUCGUCUACCGCGCCACCCGCACCCACGCCCAGAACCUCGCCCGCUUCGCCGUCGUCUACAAGCUCGUCCGCUUCCUCCUCGCCCGCCUCCGCGCCGGCCGCCUCGCCCUCACCGACCUCCCCUCCGUCGCCGACCUGCUCGACCUCGAGGAGGGUGGCCCCGCCAACCUCGUCGGCGGUAUACUCGGCGAAGGGGGCGCCGCCGGUGCUGGCGGCAGCGGCAACAGCAGCAGUAGUAAAGGCAAGGGCAAGAGCCGACUGAGAGGGCUCCGGGGGAGGGGCAGCGGCAGCAAGGAGGGCCCGUACGACUCGUUCAUCGCGGGGCUGAUAGGCGGCUACCUGGUGUUCGGGGGGCGGGGGCGGUCGGGCAAGAUACCGAGCGUGAACCAGCAGAUCGUGAUCUACGUGUUCGCGCGGGUGGUGCUGGCGCUGGCGCGGCUGGCGAUCAAGCCGAAGGGGGCGGGAGGGCUGGGGCUGCCGGUGGUGUCGCGCAAGCAGGUGUCGGAGACGAUCGCGCGGCACGCGUGGCCCGUCUUCGCCGCGGCCUCGUGGGCCGCCGUCAUGCACCUCUUCCGCCACCACCCGGACGACCUGCAGCCCUCGCUCCGCGGCAGCAUGACGUACAUCUACCAGCAGUCCGACCACUGGGACAGCCUGCGCAACUUCAUCUGGCACAACAAGUGAACCAGCCCGCCCGCGCGCCUGCGGGAAGCGGGAGAGCGGGAGGCGCCUGGAGGGGAAGAGGUCGCGAGAGCGAGGGAGAGAGAGAGGAAGAGUAAAAAAAGAGCCAAGGCUGAGCAAGGAAAGCAAAGGUUGGACAGAUGCAACGAAGGUGGAAAGGAAGUUGAACUGGGUCGGAUGAAGUCCUUACGCGAUACGUCGUGAUAAAGAGGCGGGUCACGAUGACAUGGCAUAGAGACGGGGCAAGCAGCGAAGCGAAUCGGAGCCCGAGAGACGCGCCGGGAGGGGGUAGGCUCCGCCGCUGUGUUUACGGCAGACAUCACUAACGGCGUUCCGUGUCGGUGUAUUCUUUUUUUUUACCCCUAAUUUCCAUUUUUACCCCUUGCUGGGGAGGGGGGUUAAGCCAGCCGUCUCCGGGCGCACCAAGUGCUCUUCCGAAGGUUGUAUACCGAUAUAUACAUUUACAUUUACUCUUUGGGCAUAUAUGUUUCCUGCAUGGCUGAUGAAGCCGGGGAGGGGAGGCGGUGGGUUUCGGAUUCUCACAUUGGCAGCAUCCUUUAGACCGGAGUAGUCGAAUACAAUGCAACGAUGAUAUGGUACACGCA